AAUAUUUUUUGCUUGUGUUGUUGCCGUAUUAGAAAUUAUUAUCAAAUAUAAUUCGAUACCCAGGUCAACUCAUAAACGGUUCUGUAGAUUAAGAAUGUGAAUUCAUUAGGAAUAACCUUAUAGAGUAAGUGGAUAAGAAGAAAUCUGUUGACCCAACACGAACUUGUUGGAUAACGUCGUCGACACUGCAGCUCAACAACCCCCGUUCCGUAUAUGUGUAUGAUUUGAAGCUUGAUAUCUGUCCGCUGCAGAGAAAGAGGAGAAAAGUGAAUUACGGUCAUCAGCACCGCGCCCGACGCUAAUUGAAGAGAAGGCCUCAGAAGACUAGAAGAUGGAGAAAAGGCUAAAUGAUAGCGGUUUCGUCGAGGAUUAUUUUGCAAAUCUCAAUGAUCUGUCCAAGAAAAUAUCACUGGAUAUUGACGAGAUCAAGGCCACAUAUGACCACAUCUGGGAUGAUCUGAGCCGUGAGGAACAAAUUGAGAUCAUAAACGAAACGUUGAUCAGGCCAGAAUUGACUUUGAAAUACUUCGACAGUUUCUCUACGUCAUCAGAUUCAUUUCGAAACAUUAUAGAGAGUGAUGAAAAUAGUGACGAUCGGAAGGUCAAUCUAUACGAUGGAAAGGCACUACAAACUUUCCAAUACCUAAAGACGGGAAGAAAGGUCAUUAACGAUGAAUCAAUCGGUUUGUUCCGGGAUGAACACUCAGCACCAUUCGCUCAUAAAACAAAAAGUCAAAUCAACCUAACUAUCUUCCCACUGGAAAAAGAUAACCCAUUCGAAAGAAAGGCGGAUCUGGCUAAAAAGUUAGAGAAACUGAAAUCUCCCAAAUUGAAUGAUUCGUCCGGAGCAAAACCCAACUCGAAGGCAGCUAACAAUAAUGAAGCUCCCACCUGUGACAAUGAAAACAAUUUGAUCCAGGGAAUCAAGUCAAAUGGUCCUGGCAGCGAUUUAUUGGCAAGUUUCAUAUGCAGUCAAACUGGCGCUUCCACAUUGGUAUCGACGUCCAUGGGAAGUGAUGAAGUGGACGGUCAAUCACUGGAAAAUGUCGGUUUCGACGACGACAAAAUAAACCUAUUCCGGAAUAGUUCCCGAAGUGACAGUCUCCAUCAGGCCCAGUCUUCCUCCGUUGAAGAAGACGACAAAAAUUUCGAUGAACUGAAUAGCUUGCUGGGCAACAGCAAGGGUUUCGAUUUCCUCAACAACUGGUAACUUCCCAUUUUGCGUGUGUUACAUGUAUAUGCUGUUCUUCCUAAUUUCCUGUCUAGUCUCUCUAUGAAAUCGUUUAUCUUUAUUAGCAGUAGAUUAUGUGUUCUAGAACCAUAGGUCACAGUCAUUACAAUAAGCUGUAAGGCCUCAGUGCAGCCAACCUAGCAGCGCAAGGAAACGUAUUAAAAAAAAUGUGCAAAGGCAAACAGCAGACUGAUUUUGAAACCAAAACAUUCACAAUAAUGUCCUCGUUGAAGAGAAUACCUCAAAAUUAAUACUCACCAAUCAUGCUCAAUGAAAAAUUGAGCAAAACGUUUUUCAUAAUGCUCUCAACUUCAAUUUAUAUAAAACAAAAUCCAUCACCAAGGCACUGAUUCGAAGAAA